CACACACUUUCUCUCCUUUAGCGCACACACACACACACAUCAUGACUCCGCUCAAAUGGCUGAACUGCUAUUUUGGAAAUAAAACACUCUUUUUUCCCUUUUUCUUUUCUUAUAUUUCUUUAUGGCCUCUGCGAAAUUAGUACAGAUUAGUAAGGAUAUUGACGCAGCCCGAUGUAAUGGCAAUUGGGCUGCUAUAUCAGAAUUAGCAAGGAGAUACAAAAAGUAUAACUCGGAAGGAAUCAUACUCGAGCAAACUAUUCUUGCUGAAGCUAGUUUAUCUCAACUUUGUCAGUCAGCACGUCAGCAACAACAACAGACGAUAGACUAUCAAGAAAAAGCUCUCAAAAUGGCCACACUGGAAGCUAGGCUAGAUCCUGAGCAAGUCAGGUCGAUUCAGCAACAACUAAGAAACGUUAUUCAACUACCUGACCAGGACGAUACCUUUGCGCUACAAAAAGAAGUAAAUACUAGAUACAUUUGCAGAAUAUAGCUUUUUUUAAACAUGUGCCGUCAUAGUUUGCCAUCAUCGUCUUGACACGUUCUCAUUUCGAAUGUGGUGAAUAUGAACAAGCGAUUGAGCUUGUCAACAAACUAUCAUUUACAAAAGACCAAGUAAGCCAAGGUUAUGGUCUCGUGCUGUUUUUGCAAGCAAGAGUUAUCAAAG